GCUACUUCUAUGGUUUAUCAGGACUCAGGAGGAAGGGUGACCGCAUCUUAUCAUUAUCAUACAUAACCUAUUUGUACAAUCUUCGAGUGUUUUUAUCAGUUCUCAAACUGCAUUCGCCGUUUAAUCGGUCAAAACAAAUAGUUCGAAGAACACUCUUCACGCCAAAGUUUCAAAAUGGUGGUAUCUGAAGAGCCUAAGCCAGUAGCGGAGGGAGAUGCGGCCAGCAAGAAAGCUGCCAAGAAGGCUGCCAAGGCUGCUGAGAAACAGCAGAAAAAGGCUGAAUAUAAGGCAGCUUCUGGCCAGCCUCAAGCGGAGUCCCAGGAAGCAGACUUCUCCGAAGGCCGGUACGGAGUGCUGAAGCUCAUCCAAUCUACAGGAGAGCACCGAGACAGGGUCUACACUGACGUCAAGGAUCUGAAUGUCAAGAUGGACGGGAAGAGUGUGUGGGUCAGAGCCCGUCUGCAAACCUCCCGAGCGAAAGGAAAGCAGUGCUUCGCUGUGCUACGUCAAAACUCCAGCACCGUCCAGUUACUCGUCAGCGUCAGUGAAGAGAGGAAAGUGAGCAAGCAACUGGUCAAGUUCACUGGCAAUGUAACGAAGGAAUCAAUUGUGGACGUAUUUGCGACCGUAGCGAAGACUACAGCCCCAGUAGAGGCGUGCAGCGUGCGCGACGUGGAGCUGGCAGGUGUCGAGGUGUGGACGGUGUCGGCGGCGCGCGCGCAGCUGCCCUUGCAAGUCGAGGACGCGGCCAGACCGGAGACCGAUGAUCCGGAAGCGCUCAAAAUCCGCGUGAACCAGGACACGCGGCUGGACAACAGGGUGCUGGACCUCCGCACGCCGGCCAACCAGGCCAUCUUCAGGAUCGAGGCUGGAGUGUGCAGGCUGUUCCGCGACAUUCUUACCAGUCGAGGUUUCGUCGAGAUUCACACGCCGAAGAUAAUCUCAGCGGCGUCAGAAGGCGGCGCCAACGUGUUCACCGUGUCCUACUUCAAGAGCUCAGCGUAUCUCGCGCAGAGCCCACAGCUUUACAAGCAGAUGGCCAUAGCUGCUGACUUCGACAAGGUGUACACAGUAGGCGCCGUCUUCCGCGCAGAGGAUUCGAACACGCACCGGCAUCUCACCGAGUUCGUGGGCCUGGACCUCGAGAUGGCCUUCAAACAUCACUACCACGAGGUCCUGGACACCAUCGGACAGACCUUCACCGAUAUCUUCAGAGGUCUACGUGACCAGUACGCGGCUGAGAUCGCGACAGUGGGGCAGCAGUUCAAAGUGGAGCCGUUCAAGUUUCUGGACCCCCCUCUCAGGCUGGAGUUCCCGCAAGCCAUCCAGAUGCUGAAGGAAGCUGGCGUGACAGUAGGCGAGGAGGACGACUUGUCAACCCCCGACGAGAGGCUGCUGGGGCGGCUGGUGCGCGCCAAGUACGACACCGACUUCUACAUCCUGGACAAGUACCCCCUCGCCGUGCGACCCUUCUACACCAUGCCGGACCCGACCAACCCGAAAUCAUCGAACUCGUACGACAUGUUUAUGCGUGGCGAGGAGAUCCUGAGCGGAGCUCAGCGGAUACACGACCCCGAGUUUCUCACCGAGCGAGCCAAACAUCACGGGAUAGAUAUCAGCAAAAUUGCGGCCUACAUCGAAUCGUUCAGACUCGGAUGUCCACCUCACGCAGGUGGCGGUAUCGGCAUGGAGCGCGUCGUGAUGCUGUACCUGGGUCUGGACAACAUCCGGAAGACCUCCAUGUUCCCCCGCGACCCUAAACGAGUGACGCCAUAAACUAGAGCUUAUACAUUAUUAACAUAAUAUAUAAGCAGACAGAUGUGUAUUUAAUAAAA